AUGCAAAGGAUAUUUUGGAGGAGCGUGGGGUCGUAUGCGAAGCAGCCAUUUUGUAGUCUGAAAUUGAGUGAAUCAGAGUUUCCUUAUGAUUUAAAGAAAUGGUGGUCGGUUGGAUUCCGCAUGAUGUCAAGGUUUGCCACUGGGUUCAACCCUUUGAGAGAGAAGCCGUUAGAUUCAAUUGUGGAUAUUCACAGACUCAAGGAUCGUUAUCCUGAUGAUAUCGCUUCUAUUUGGGAUGAUUACCACAUUGGCAGAGGUCAUAUUGGAGCCACUAUGAAAGCUAAGCUUUAUCACUUGCUACACCAUAGAGCUAAGGAAUGCCGCCAUUUUGUCAUUCCUUUGUGGAGGGGAAACGGUUAUACAACUAUCUUCCUUCAAGUACAAACGCCAUACAUAAUUUUUACAGGUCUUGAAGAUUACAAGGCUAGAGGAACACAAGCAUCACCCUACUUCUCCGUGUGCUUCUACACAGAAUUUGCAGAGAGCAAAGACUUGGUACUUAUCCGUGGGGAUAUUGUAUUUACCAGCAAGUUGACUGACUCAGAGGCAAAAUGGCUUAUGGAAACUGCUCAGUCUUUUUAUUUGAAUGAUGUCAGAUACAAACUAGUUGAAAGGUUCAACAAAGACACGCAUGAUUUUGAGUUCAAAGAUGUCUUACAAGCAUUGGACAUGCCUAUUUUGUAA